UUUGUUAUGGUUAUGAUUAGGGUUAUAGUUAGGGUUACGAUUUGUCAGAAGUCACUUUCAAAUUAUCCUACUUAUAGGACGAUUUGCCAAAGUAGGACGGUCUCAGAUCCGGUGAUUUAUAUGCUGUGCCAGUCACGGUAGAAACCAAGAAAAUAGUGUAGGGUCCCUACUCUUUGUGGUCAGUUGUAUUUUGGGAAGGAAAAAUAUUUCUUACGUCGAUUCCGUCCAAACAGUUUUCAGGAAUUUGCUGACAUCGGUUAGUCCUUAUAUUGAGGUUGCGAUUAUAUUGUCUUAUAGUGACGCCAUUAUUGUUGAUUAAAUACAGUCAUGUGUUAACAUAUAAAAACACUACCACGGGAUUCCCUGCAACUGGCUCGUUGGUCUAGGGGUAUGAUUCUCGCUUUGGGUGCGAGAGGUCCCGGGUUCAAAUCCCGGACGAGCCCACCUUUUCUAUUUUUCCUGAAGAAUAUCAACCCUUUUCAAUUUAUCUUGAAACAUAAGAAUGUUUUUAAUGUUAAAGCUAACUAGAUUACUUUUUCUGUUUGACUACACCCGCCUUCCAUUGCGUCAUUUCCCCGUUUCUCCACCUGCCUGUUGUCAAACACUGAACAAAGAGCGUCCCUGCCGCUCUGCUUCCCCAGCUGUUAUGCUGGGUGGGCCGUGAGAAAGAGAAAGAGCUGGAGACGUUUCUGUUCCGCCCCCACAAACCCAACAGACACUCCUAACAGGAGGCAGACGAGCCGGCUUUCUGACACCAUUUACUGCAGAGAGGCUGAGCUGUGCAGCCAAAGACGACAAUAAAUUACACGCAAAGGCCAGCUGGAGUCACUUUGGUGAGCUUGGGACCUGCAGGAGCCAUCAUCUUCACCAUUGUUUCUAAACACUGGACUUGCAGAAAGCCUUUUCACACCCAUUAAAAAUUUAGAUUUUGUAGAAAAAUCCUUCAGUCCACAAGUUGUCAGGGUUGACCAUGGUUCUCUGUGAGGAUGGCGACUGUAGCGUCUGCCUGUUGCCCUACUCCCGGGUGGAGAGGAUCCCCCGGGUGCUCCACUGCAGGCACACCUUCUGCGAUUCGUGUCUGGAGAGGAUGUCAACGGAGAGGAACGGUCUGCUCACCGUGGGCUGCCCUUUGUGUCGCCGGGUGACCUGCAUAGGCCGAGGUCGAGGUCUUCGAGAAGCUCUGUGGGUCAACAGCAAGCUGUGGGACCAGAUACCGGAGGAUGUGGACGUAAGAGAUGAAGAGGAAGAGGAGGACGGAGAGAAGCAAACAGCAGCACAGGAGAGGAUAGAAGAUAAACAGUUACAAGGAGAAUGCAUUUCCUCGAGAUCCGCCAGAGCGAAGCUCAAACUGCCCACGUUCUUCAGGAGGUUCAGUCUGACGAAGCAACACCAGGAGAGAAUCGUGUCUGGCAGCAAUGUGGAAAUGAAAUCCUGGCGCAGACUUUCAACAGAAGAGACUUUUUAAAAAUACGAAAACUGACAAGUGGCCGCUCUCAGGAAGAGAAGACUCAACUUUGAAGGGAAGCUGUGGUCGCUGGGGGAGGAGGAUUCAUUUGUGAUCCUGUCAGGACACGGUUUUGUCCUCAGCCAAAGGUGCUCCGUCUCCCCAUUAUUUAUUCUAGGAUUAAUUCUCCCAGCCGUUGCUGUGGGAUUUAGUUCAGCUGUCCCAGAGCGGCUAACACCCGUAGACCUAGACCCCCUCAGAACAGAUGGUCCCCUCUCCAUUUCAGCUCCUGAAUAGCCAUCAUAACUUAUUGUUUUCUGUAUUUAUGAUAGCUAGGACAUGAAGUAUUUAAUAAAGCUAUUUUUGAAACAA